CCUUCCUCUUGCAAACAGCUCACUUCCUGUUGGGGUUUGGUCCUUUCAUGUGGACAUUUUACACAACGUUUUGCUGGGCCCUGGUAGUGUUGUGGAGGAGGAGGGUAUGAUCUAGGGAUUAUUAGCGGUGUUUCUGACAUGCAUAAUUAUGGAUAUACAUCUGAAACAUCAUGAAUGCAAUGCAAUCCGGCUGACAAAUCAUAUGCACAGUGGUACAGCUUUAACGGGAAGCCUCAGAGUCAGAAAACGCGCAGCACACGUCUCUUACAAGAAAAUGGUGCCAAAGACAGAGUUGUGAAAACAAGCCAAGUUGGAGAGAUCUUUAAAGGCCAGACGUUCCCCUCAAUUAUUUUAGUUAUCUGUAACUUCCAUAGCUUGUACAGAGCAAAAUGUCCAUAAUGGACCAUAGCCCCACCACUGGGGUGGUGACGGUUAUAGUGAUCCUUAUUGCAGUGGCCGCUCUGGGUGCGUUGAUAUUUGGCUGUUGGUGUUACUUGCGUUUGCAACGCUUGAGCCAGUCCGAGGACGAGGAGAGCAUAGUGGGUGAGGGGGAAACCAAGGAGCCCUUUCUGCUGGUCCAGUACUCGGCCAGGGGACCACGCAUCGAGCACAAGACCAGGCUGACCCCCAACGGCACAGAGAGUCAUAGUAAACUUGUUCCAGGCCAGUGAAUAAGACCAUGUAAGGACCACACCAUGUGCAUUUGGGCUUGCCUUCCUCAGUAAACUACAUCUUGUCAGCCCUGGCCUCCUAGAUGAAGGCUGAAACCAAUGCAUGCACUUGUCCACCAAACAACUCCUUCAUACUUCAGUGUACAAUCUGAAUGUUUUCCCUGUUGAGCCUAUCCAUAAUGUGAAGUUGUACAUAAGUUUAUGUGUUGUCAUUAACUAUGUAUUUGCCAGAAGGUCUAAGUGUCUGGGUGAAUCAUCCAGGGCCAGGAGGUCUUGUUUGAGUUGCUUGACAUGAAUGAAGGUGGCAUUAUUUUUUGUUUACUUUCUUGCAUUUAAUUUACAAGAGCUUUGUUAAAUCAGGUAUACAAGUAUGCCUGUUUAAACCAGAUAGAACAUUACCAGAGCUGGCUCUGGCUUUGCUGUGACAGAAAAAAGAUUUAGAGCAGUAUUUACAGCAGUGUUUCAUAGUGGCUUCUUCUCAGCAUCUAUGACAACUGUGACUCCAUUGUUUUCUUGGACCACAGCUGUGUUUGUGCAAUAUGUCAAAUGUGCUUGCUAAAUGACCGAAAUUAUUCACCAUUUUCAGCAUAAUUUGACAAAUCCUGUAUUAGAUGGCAGGACAAAAUAUGUGCUAAUGUACAGGGAAAUCAAGCUGACAAGUGAUAAUUCAUUCUCAUCUCCAGACUUUUUUUGUUCUCCAAAUCAGUGCCAUCACUCUUGCUAUGAAACCAUGUAAUAUAUUGAUGUGGACUUAUACCCCCUCACAGGGCAUCUAUAUAUAUAUAUAUAUAUAUUUCAUUGGGAAUGAAAUAUGCUUUAAUGUGAACGCAGUAGACUACUGUCAGUGUCUUUAGAUGUUGGGGCUACACGAAGAGCCCACAAAGUCUCCUGUGCUUAUGAAGGGAAUGUCGAGGUGUUCCCUGAAGGCACGGAUACUUCUGUGGUUGAACCGGACGGUGAGUUGUAAGUGAAGAUUACUCAACGUUUGCAGAUUGAGUACAAUUGUUUGACUGUUAAUCUUUAAUACUUUUACAACUUAAGAUGUCCAUGUGCCCCACUUUCAGCCUGUAUUUUGUCAAAGUGCAACUCUAAACCAUGUCGACCUGAAAGAGGUUUGUGUAUUCUUGAUAGAAGUUUGCUACUUGUAAGCUUGUCAAAAAUGAUGUGGAAAAUUAUUUUUAUAUGAUGACUGUGUAUAGAUCUCAUUUGAAAGGAAAUGUUAUUUUACAAACACUGCUUCUCUAGAAAAGAAUUGCAAGCCAAAUACAAAAGUGGUCAAUAAAUCCAUAUGUUGAGGACAAUGUCAAUGUGAAACUGUUCCAGGUAUAUGACAAUACUGUAGGAUUAUGAAUAACUGUUAGCAUGUAGAAUUUGUUUCUGAAACAGUGGAGCAUCCUUAAUCCAACAUAGCACAGAAUCAGUGAAAGGCAUGUUCUUCUGUUUGCAUGUUUGGAGAGGCAGUCCACUCCUGGUUAUUGUCACUCAUCUCCAAUGCUCCUGCUGUUUGACUCGCUCGAGAAAUAUUAAAGACAGCAUCUGCUCAAA